CAGUCUCCAUUAACUAUGGCUGAUGCACUACUUACUGAUCUCUUAAAGCAGUUGGGUUCAUUCACUGCUCAGCAGGCUCUACAAGAGAUCAAGUUGCUUGCUGAAGUUGAUGAUGAAGUCCAAAAGUUUCAACACAAUUUCGCAAUGGUCCAAGUGAUGCUCAACAAGGCUGAGGAAAGACAACUGACUGACCCAGAUGUGAAGCCUUGGUCUGAUCAGCUCAAAGAUGCAUACUACAUGAUGGAUGACGUGUUGGACACCUGGAACACUGCAAAGAUCAAAUCACAAAUUCAGAAAGAGGGAGAAAAAGUUGCUUAUAGUAACGCUCCUGCCCUUGAGAAAAAAAAGAAGAAAAAGGUAUGGUCCUUCUUCCCCUCUCCAUGUUGUUUUAACCUUCCUCUCCGUCAUAAGAUUGGUCACGAGAUAAAAAAACUGAAUGAAACUUUAGAUAAGAUUCUCAAAGACAAACAAGCAUUUGGGAUUGACUUGAAAAGUCAACCUGAAGUAGUUGAGAGACCACCAACUACGUCCAUUGUGGAUGUGUCUAAAAUAGUUGGCCGUGAUAAGUAUAGGGAUGAUCCACUAAACAACCUAUUAGGCAUGGGUAGUCAAGAAGAAAGCAAUCCUCUUGUCAUCUCCUUAGUGGGCACAGGGGGUAUUGGAAAGUCAACUCUUGCCCAACUAGCCUAUAAUCAUCCUAAGGUGCGAGCCCAUUUUCAAAAAACAAUAUGGGUCUGUGUUUCUGAUCAUUUCGAUCAGUGCAAGGUUGCCAAGGCAAUCAUUCAGGAGCUUGACCCUAAAAAUGAUUCCCUCAAUAAUACUACUCCUACAUUGCAAGCUCUAUUGCGUACAGUUUGUGAUUUGAUUAGGGACAAGAAGUUCUUUCUUGUCUUUGAUGAUGUGUGGGCUAAAGAUUCCACACAAGAGUUUGAAAAGUGGGAGCCUUUCAAAGAUGCUCUAAAAUAUGGUGCUCAGGGUAGUAGGAUUCUAGUCACCACACGUAAUGAGAAAGUUGCACACAUGAUGGGGAGCGCCAAAGCCCACAUAAUCAAUUUAGGGAAUUUGACUGUUGAGGAUUGCUGGUUGAUUAUUAGGAGAAUAGCAUUUUUCAAUGAUAAUAUAGAUCAACAUAAGGAUCUUGAACACCUAGGUAGACAACUAGCAAUUAAAUGCCAUGGCUUGCCGCUUGCUGCAAAGCUUAUAGGGGGUUACAUGUGCAACAAGAGAAGAAAAGAACAGUGGGAGAAGGUUUUGGAAAAUAGUUUGUGGGAUUUAGAAGAUGUUGAAAAAGGUCUUUUGGGACCAUUGUUGUUGAGUUAUUAUGAAUUGUCCUUAGCAGAGAAAAAAUGUUUCUUAUUUUGUGCUGUCUUCCCAAAAGAUCAUGAAAUUAAUAGAUUUGAGUUAAUCAUCCAUUGGAUGGCACAAGGAUAUAUUGAUAUUGACUCAAAACGAAAUAUGGAGAUGGAAGACAUGGCGGAAGAGUACUUUCAAAAAUUAGCCAUGCGCUCUUUUUUCCAAGAUUUUGAGGAAGAUGAAAUUGAUGGUAGAAUUAAAAGUUGCAAAAUGCAUGAUAUUGUGCAUGACUUUGCACAGAAAAUGACAGAAGAUGUAUGCUUCACAAUUAAAGGUGAUGAAGAGGUUAAGAUAAACUUUAAAAGGGUUCGCCACUUGUCAUUAAUAGUUAAAGAAACAUUUCUUGAGUUUGUCUAUGAAGCGAAAAAUCUACGCUUUUUAAAUUUGGAUUUUAUUUCUUCUCCGAUUGUCCAAUCCAAGUUAUUCGACCAUUUGACAUGUCUACGUACAUUAUAUUUGAAAGGUGAGUCCAUUUUGAAACUUCCAAAUGAGGUGGAAAAAUUGAUACAUUUAAGAUUACUCAAGUUAUCUUGUGAAGAGAUAAAAGAAUUGCCUGAAAGUAUAUGUAAUUUAUGUAAUUUACAAAGUUUGGAUGUUAGUGAGUGUAGGAAACUUGAGAAAUUACCCCAGGGGAUAGGUAAACUAAUUAAUUUAAGACACCUCCUCCUGUGGGAUGAUGAUUUUGAAGAAUUUGGAAUAAAAUCGUUUCCGAAGGGAAUUGGGAGAUUAACUUGUCUUAAAACAUUAGGAUACUUUCCUGUAGGUAAGGGCGAAGAAAUAUGUAAACUGGGAGAAUUAGAACAUUUGAACCACAUUCAAGGGACACUUGUUAUACUUGGGUUGAAAAAUGUGGUAGAUUUUGGUGCGAUCGAGAAUACAUUGAAGAAGAAGAACCACCUCCGUGAUUUGUGUCUAUCAUUUAACACAUUAGAGGAAUUGCAGACAAAGAAAGAGGAGGAAGAGGAAGAGACAGAGAAAGAGGAGGAAGAGGAAGAGACAGAGGAAGAAAGAAGAAGAAAAAUGGAGAAAGAUGUAGCCAUUCUAAAUGCCUUAGAGCCACCUCCCCGCUUGGAAUCUUUACUAAUUACUUAUUAUAAGGGCACCACAAUGUAUCCUAAUCGGAUGAUGUCCAAAUUGACCUAUUUGAAAAGGCUUUUUAUCGAAGAGUGCCCAAACCUAGAGCAGUUGCCUCCUUUGGGGAAGCUGCCGUUGCUCGAAGAAUUAGAAAUAAGGGAAGCUCCAAUGAUUCGAAAGGUGGGAGAUGAAUUUUUGGGAAUAGACAUAGAAGAAGAAGAAUUAUCAGAAUCAUCUAAAGACAUCAUCAUAUUCCCAAAACUUAAAUCUCUUAUAUUUUGGAGAUUGGGGGAGUGGGAAGAAUGGAGUGGGAUGGGAGGAACAAUAGAAGAAGAAGAAGAAAAAGAUAAUAGUGCUAAUGCUUUUGUUACUAAUAAUACUCCAAAAAUUCAAAUAAUGCCACGUCUUCAUUCCUUGACAAUUCGGUAUUGCUACCAUCUAAAGUCUCUGCCAGACUACCUGCUGCGUAAUACUCCAUUACUACAGGAAUUGGAACUCUAUCGAUGUCCAAUUCUCGAGCAGCGUUGCGAAAGAGGGAGAGGAGAUUACUGGCCCAACAUUUCUCACAUUCCAAACCUCCGAAUUGAUUAUAAUAUGUUUGGGUUGCAAAGAGACGGUCAACUUCCAGAGAGCAUUGAUUCAGAGAUGCAUGAUGAUGUGGUUGAGGUGGACAAGAUUGAGGACAGUAAUCAUGAAGAAGAUGAUGGGGCUGGGUUUGAGGCGGAUGAACAAGUUGUGAAAUUAAACAUUGAUGAAGGGGAUUUGUGAAUCUGGACAGUACAGGGUAGUUGACAUGCAUUGAAGAAAACAGAUACAUUGUUAUGAGACUGGGUAGUAAGAGCAGAGUGUUGAAGAAGACAAAAAGUUUGAAGACAAUGAAGGAGGAGGAAAGAUGUUCAACAUGAAGUAAAGGGGGAACUGCUUGUAACCUAAGUAGGAUUAUGAAGAUGAAAACUUGGUCAAACGUAGGUGAUUGGCUGAGCUGAACAGUACAGGAUGAUUGUCAUACACUGAAGAAGACAGAUACAUCUUAUGGGACAGGGUAGUAAAAGGAAGGUGUUGAAGUGGACAGAGACUUUACAGACGAAUGAUGAGGAUUCAUAGCAAUAUAUGCUAACCAUGUUGUGGACUGUUGCUUUAUCCCUGAGUCCCCUUUUUACCUUGACGGAGUUGCUGGAAAAUUUGGAAAUAAGCUACUCCAGUACGUGAGUCUGCGGAUAUCUCAAAAAUUAAGAUCCCUUGUAUAUGGUAUAUGCUGUUCCAAGCAAUGCAUCUAAUAAUCUCUGUUGCAUUCCACUUGUGCAGUACCUUUCAUGGUGCAAGGGCAGGGUAUACAAGCUUCACAGUUGGCUCUAUUAAUAGGAGACAUGCUUAAAUGUUUAUAUCCCGUGUAUAUGAUAUGGGCUGUUCCAAGCAAUGCAUCUAAUAAUCUCUGUUGCAUCCCCUUGUGCACAACCUUUCAUGGUGCAAGGGCAGGGUAUACAAGCUUCACUGUUGGCCCUAUUAAUAGGAGACAUGCUUACAUACAAUACCAUGUAAGUUCCUUCAUGAUUUAAAAUAAAGAGCAUCGAUAGUUACACACCGUGUAUACGGGACAAUUGAAAUUGUUUUUUGAGCAAACGAUUUUUGUUAAAAUUGUGAAAUCGUGCUUACAAAACAUUUUCACCAUUUCACAAUCAAAAUAAAAUCGUGUUUUGGACGGUUUCAGCCGUUGUGUGUAUGGUUGUUUGUAACACCGUGUGUGCAACAAUAAUUUUCCUAAAAUAAAUUCACAUUUUCCCUUAAAAACUAGUAUAUAUUCAAAAUUUUAUUAAUUGGCAGAUGCAGAAAUAACUAACUUAAUUUGGCAUGCUGGUUCUAUUUAGUAGUUAAUCUUAUUUGACCUCAUCCAAUUUAAACAUCACGUAGAAAGUCUUGUGUACAAAAUGCCCAACAUCACUUCCAAGAUGCAGCAACAAGAAGUUUAACCUAGAAUUCUGGUUUCUUUAUUAGUCCAUCUAGUUUGAUAACAUAUGAAAAGAAAAUUAGGUAAUAUUUCAGUAACACCUUCAUUUAGCCUUUUGAAUGCCUGAAAGUUGAAACCUUUUUUUUUUUUUAACUUAACAAUUUUUUUAAGAAGAAAGAGAAAGCCCUCGUAGCUCAAAUCUAUGCUUGCUAAUCAUCGAGUCUUAAUGUUAUAGGGUUUGGUACUUCCUAUUUACCAAGUUUCUAACUCAAUAUCUUAUGCUUGUUCUUUGUCUCAAAGCCAUAAGUGUUUCAUAGCAUGGAAGAGUGCAAAGCAUGGGAAGCGACCACUAGUAGGUUGAAGGUAUUUUAAAAUGCUUUGGCUUCAUUAGUUUGAUUAAGUAACAAUAACAUAAGCUCUUUAUAUGGAACAAUGUUCUUGGAAGUAAAUUGAAUUUCUUAUUGGCUUAAAGUGACUUCUUUGCUCUCUCAUGUCAACCAUGUCUCACUCGAGGAGUUCCCUAUGUAGUUUGGUUUAUUUCCUUCAAGAUAUAAGUAAAUUUCGAAACACAAGAGAAACAGAAAUACUCUAUCUCUCUUCCUCCUUUUCCUCUGUCUUAGGCAAAUUAUGUUUUUCCAGAACUCUUCCUGCUAUUUCUUUCUUUCUGUGGUGGCUUCUGAUUGAUGUUGUUACCAUUAAUAACCCCUCUAUCAAGCCACAUGAAACAAUAUCUACUUGACAAAGGAGCCCUGAGGGCAAGCACUUGGACUUAUGAGAAAGGAUUCUGAACUACCAAAGAAGUAAGUCUUCCCUCUGUACAUAUUACUAUCGCCCUAAAUUUGUCUUUCAUAUAUCGAUCUAAUAACUUAUUAGAUUCUCUAUUUGGCAUGCUCUCUUUUUUUCCCUAUCUUUCUCUCCUUUAAUUUGUUGGUAUGGUUGUCACUCAUGAUUUAGAUCAUUGACAAGGCUCAUUAAGCUGGUACCACAACUCUUGUUUGCAGUUAUAAGCAUGGAGAAUAAUUUUAUAUCUACAGUGGCGAGUUUUAUGGUGAUGAUGAUCUGAAAGCUGGCCUCUGAUUUCAUUCUUUAUAGCCUCAGUGUCCUCUGUUUCUCCCUGUCAUUUUACUUACAUUGAAGAUUGGCAUUUUCUCUGGACUUUGGAAGUGUCUGGAGCAUGUAUAUAUGGUGACUGUUCAUAAAGAUCUUUGUUUUUUAGUAAUCAAAUCUUUCUUUUGCAGCGCAAUUGCCCAUACAAUUUGUGGAGUUCGUGGAGAGUCUGCCAGUCAUAAACUCUGGGUGCUGGUAUUGCAUAGAUUAUCUAGUAUAGGUAUUGUUGUCUUCUUUUCUAAUGAGGUGCUUUUCCAUUAGCUUUUUUAUAUUAUCUAAGAAAUAGAAUAAUAUAAACAUGUAACUAUCGUUAGUGAUUUUUAUAUUAAUUACUAUAAAAAUUGCUCAACAUCUUCAUACCAUGUGGUUAUCUAUGUUUUAAUCAUCUUGGAUUGGGUCAAGUGUAAAUUUAUAAAUUUCAUAAUCAGCUUUAGCAUA